CUUUGGAGUAUUGAAGUUCUGUUUCUCCGUUUUUUUUUUCAAAAAUGAACAUUGAAAAAAAUCGUUACAAAUGAAUAUCAAAAGGGAAUUCAAACGCAAAUUUUAUUUUUAGUUUCACUUUUUGUUAGAGAACAAACAUAUCAAUAAACCGACAUGUACAGAAAUGUAAAUAAUUUAUUUGGUCAUCUUUUUGAAAAUACGUAGCAUAGUGUGUUACGGGGCUCUGAUGUGCGUUUAAUGUGCUUUUAUAAAUAGCUUUUUUCAGAAUUGUGCGAAAAAAACGGAAGAUAAAAUUGGAAAUAUAACGAGUAGUUAAAUUGAAUUGGCUUUUGCAAUACAUGUGGCGUUGUGUUCAAGCAACUAGUUGAAAAAAAAAGAAAGAAAAGAAUAGAAAAGAAACAUUUAAUUCUGAUUAAUUGGAAGUGGUUUUAUUGCUCACUGAAAUGGUUGUAUAAAAUUUAUUUUUUUGGUUUUAAAUAAUGCUCACUAAGGAAACAAUGGAUAAUAUUGAAUUUGAUAUUAGACUGUUGACAACAGAAUACUUGGACGGAACGGCAACAACAAGCUUAAAUGAAUCAUGGCUUCGAACUGGUGAAAUUGAGGAGGAUCCAGAUGCCGUUACAUUAUUGUCAAUAUUAUUAGUUGGUAUUUUCUUAUCGGUGCUAAUUUUUCUGUCGGUCGCGGGCAAUAUUUUAGUAUGCCUAGCAAUUUACACAGAACGAAGUUUACGAAGAAUUGGUAAUUUAUUCCUAGCGUCCUUAGCAAUUGCUGAUUUAUUUGUAGCAUCUUUAGUAAUGACAUUUGCGGGUGUGAAUGAUCUAUUAGGCUAUUGGGUAUUUGGUGCUCAAUUUUGUGAUACUUGGGUCGCGUUCGAUGUGAUGUGCUCAACAGCUUCAAUUUUAAAUCUGUGUGCCAUUUCAUUGGAUCGAUACAUUCAUAUAAAAGACCCACUACGAUACGGGCGGUGGGUAACCAGACGUGUUGCUGUAGGUACAAUAGUCACGAUUUGGUUACUAGCUGGUCUGGUUUCAUUCGUUCCAAUAUCGUUUGGACUUCAUCGUCCGGAAUCACCAUUAAUAUACGAAGACAAUGGCAAAAAGUAUCCCACGUGUGCGCUUGAUUUGACACCAACGUAUGCUGUUGUUUCAAGUUGCAUCAGUUUUUAUGUCCCAUGUAUAGUAAUGAUUGGAAUCUAUUGCAGGUUAUACUGCUAUGCACAGAAGCACGUAAAAUCGAUACGAGCUGUUACCCGACCUGGUGAAAUAGCUGAGAAGCAACAGAAUCGGUAUAGGAGCAUUCGACGACCCAAAGCUCAAAAGAAAUUCAAAGUUAGGCAUUUACAUCAUUCAUCACCUUAUCAUGUGUCCGACCAUAAAGCCGCAAUAACGGUGGGUGUUAUAAUGGGCGUAUUUUUGAUAUGUUGGGUGCCCUUUUUCUGUGUCAACAUUGUGGCAGCAUUUUGUAAGACAUGCAUCGGCGGUCAAACGUUUAAAAUUUUGUCGUGGUUAGGCUACUCCAACAGCGCGUUCAAUCCAAUCAUUUAUUCGAUUUUUAAUACGGAAUUUCGCGAAGCAUUCAAACGUAUUUUAACCACUCGAAAUUCCUGGUGCUGUGCACAGGAUUUGGGUAAUGUGCAUCCGAGAAAUAGUGACCGAUACGUUACGGAUUAUGCGGCUAAAAAUGUUGUUAUGCAUUCGGGACGAUCGUCAGCUGAACUGGAACAAGUGUCUGCAAUAUGACCGGUCGACGGUGAUUGUCGAA